CUUAAAAAAACCAUUUAUCAUUGACUUUGUAGCUUGAGUUAUUUUUAAAUAAGCAAAACGAGGGCAUAGUCAUGACGCAACUUCCUUUGUCUGCAUCACGAACUUGCAUCAUCAGGAACUUGCUGUGCAAGUGUUCAUCAACAAACCACUCCCAUUAAUCAUUAAUAUCUGGCUACAGAUUUUUGGGGUUAUUUUAAACUAUUUCUCAUUGACUGACCAUGGCAUUUCCCCACCUCUGUUUAUAUAUCUUCUCCCCCCAAACUUCCUUUCUACUUAGCAAUUGGCAAGAGUGUGACCUUGAGGAAAGCUAGCUAGCCAAGAUGACAAUUGUUGAAAUGCUUGUCCAUAUGGACUGCUCUGGCUGUGAAAGCAAGAUAAGGAAAGCGUUGCUCAAGCUUGAUGGGGUUCAUGACGUGGACGUGAACGUCGUGAUGCAGAAGGUCACGGUGACCGGGUGGGUGGAGGAGAAGAAGGCGCUCAGGGCGGUGAGGAAGACCGGCCGGCGAGCGGUGUUGUGGCCGUAUCCGGUGAACCCCGAGUUGGUCGUCCACAACCAGGAGUACUACCACCUGAAGCAGUACUCCCCGUCGGCGCCGCCGGCGAACUUCCUCACCUUUAACGCCCUCCCUACCUCUUCCUACAACUAUCGUAAGCACGGCUACGACAGCUCCAUGCUGCACCAAUACUACUACCAGAACCAUAUCAUCGACGACAGUGCAAGCGCGAUGUUUAGUGAUGAUAACCCAACAGCCUGCUCGGUUAUGUGAUCACUUCAACUGUUUAUCAGUUACAAGUGUAUUUGAUGUAUAUUCGAAAUAAUGUCAGACUUCCAGGCUUGUAAAUAGGGCCGUAAACUAAUCCAAUCGAGCUAAACUUGGUAUCCAGACUUGUUUAAUAAGAUAAUGGAGUCAAACUAGUCGAGUCUAAAAUGAAUCAAUCAAGUAGUUGUU